GGGCCGGGGCCGGCCGCGCGUGAUUCCCAGCUGCCCUUGCGCGGGGAGAGGCCGGACCGGUAACUGCCGGCGGUUUGGAAGUGAAGCCGGUGGUGGUAGCGACCUGUGGGCGGAGCUAAGCGGAGCCCGCGGCGGGGAGAGAGGCCGGAGCGCACGGAGCUGGCGCCUCGGGGCCAUGUCGGUGGUUUUCGUGCCGGAGCGGCUGCGCGGGAAAGCGGAAGUGACGCCAGAGACCCUGCAGCGGUUACUAGAUGAAAAUGAUCAGCUGAUUCGAUGCAUUGUAGAAUAUCAAAAUAAAGGAAGAGCUACAGAAUGUGUGCAGUACCAGCAUAUCUUGCACAGAAAUCUUAUUUAUUUGGCUACUAUUGCUGAUGCAACUCCAGCCAGUGUACAGAAGACUGACUGACCCUACAAACUUGGACACCCAUCAGUGGUGCCUGUAUAAAGCAUGGAGACGUGAUUGAAUUGGGGGAAUUCUGAGGUUAAGAGGGAUAUAACAUUCCCUCAUUUUGUCUGACUGGCUAAGAGCAAGCUUUGAUAGGGAUCAGCUGGGAAUUCAGGGGCCAAGAUUGAUGGGCAUUAGAGAAUAGAUUCCUAUAGGAAUAGAGUUGCUGUAGCCUGGCAUCCUGUUAGUGAUGAGCUGAUAAAUAUGUGGAAGAUCCCUUGAACUAGUCUUCCCCUUCCUUGGUGGGUUUUUUUUUUUUUUGAGAAACAUACACCUUAUUUAAAAGUGCUACUGCCUAAGUUUUUCAUGCUUCCUUGAGUGGUAGGUGAUAAUGGGGAGUAGGAAAUCAAGCAACAGUGACACUAAAACCCCCAAGCAACCUGAAUUUCUUCAUGUAUUCUUUUGGAAAAUGAGCAUAUUAAGGUGAUAAAUGAUGACACUGGGUAUCAGAGGGCAGGUUGAGUUUUAGAAAAGGCUCAAGUUCUAACCCACUUACUCAGGAGAAAUAGUGAGAUAACUGGAGGUUGUCCAGGACUUGCUGCCUUCAUUAUUGAAUUGCAGUAACAGCCAGAAACUCCAAGCAGAAUUAGGGCCUCAUUAUGCUGCCUGCUGCGUAAAGCUAUAUGCCCUGAAGAGCUUACAGUCUUUGUCUACUCCGGUACCACUUAUUGGACCACGAGGUUAAGCAGGAUUAUGACUGCUCCCCUGACAAGGUUCAGGCUUUUCCAGUUUUCAUUGCAAUUCCCCACAUCA